AUGCAGCGUCCAACCAACCAUAAGUAUCUACAUCUGGCUGAUGGCGAUCGUUGGAUUUGGUUUCGGAUUGCUUGCUACAUUGGAAAACUACGAAUAUGCCAAGCCAAAAGUCAGGCCCAGCUGGGGGAGUUGAAGAGCCGACCCUUUAUUCUAAAUGUCCAAUUUCCGCCUUCUAAGGUCACCGUGAGCAUUCUUCAUCAUGGUGACCUUCUGGCUGACCAGGAGGUAGAAGUCACUUGCGAGGCCGGGUCUGCCAAUCCACCGGCUCAUCUGCAUUGGCGAUAUUACCAUUGCAGUCGUAUCAAAAAAUACAUGCAGAGAGCCGAUCACUCUAAAAUUCUGCUCACCUCUCUCAAUCAAGUCGCCAAACCUUCGAUUGAGGCAUCUUCUGCCCAAACUAUAAUGCCUCAAGACUGCGAGAUGGAUGAACGCAUUGGCAUUGAAGACCCAACGACCGAAGGGAGCCAUGGUGGUUUCAUUUCUCGAAGUAGAUUACUCCUCCGACCUGAGUGGAGGGAUCACUUAGACAUUGUGGCCUGUCUCGCCUCCAACAGCGUUUACAAUCACUUCACAAAGCAAAAUCAAAUUCAGCUUAACGUCUGCUUUCGGCCCCACUUCAUUGGCUUUCAACCGGGAGAUUCCCACAGCAUUGUCGAAGGUAGUUCAGGAACGCUGGAUUUGAUUCCAUAUGGCAACCCAAGAUGCAGUAACAUUGCCUGGCUGGUAAGGGGAAAGGUCUUGAAAAAGAGUCCAAUUGAUCCCCGAACGGCUGAUUUUUCUAAGAGAUCGGUUAAAAAGGCACUUUCAAAACUGACUGGCCUUUAUCAACUGGAUGAACUACUAGUAAUCUGGAAUAUCAAGCGCAACCAAACAACUAAUGUGACCAUCAAAGCCGAAAAUAGUCUUGGAACUACUGAGGAGACCUUCUUCUUGGAUGUCACAUACCCUGCAAAGGUCGUCGGUGUUGUCGACGCCAACGUGAGCAUGGGUGAGAUGGCCGUUUUGGUGUGCAUGGCCAGAGGUAAUCCCAAUUCUGCUAUCAAUUCUUUCUCCUGGCAUCGUCUGCUAUUUCCCAAAUGGGAUAAGGAAGCUAACGAGGCGCCUGCAAUUGAAACUACCUCCCUCGGUUGCAACGAUGUAACGCGCAUAAAUGGAGUCAUCAAGCAUAUGGUGCAAUGCGAAGACGUUGAUCCAUUCACCAUGCGUAGUCAGCUACUAGUUUACAAUGUCACAAGGGACGAUGUUGGCCUCUACAGUUGUACUGUGGAUAACGGUAUUUCCGCAUCACAUCAAUCUCAAGUGAAGCUCUUCAGUGCAUGUAAAGACUCUCAUUUCGGAAACAGUGUGGCAGUGUACAGCUGUAUCACAAUUUUCUUCCUUUCAGUUGCCCCCGAAAUCGUUCGACAGCCAAAGUUUGCAAAAGUAGCGGCCCCAUUCGGGACCGGCGCAGUGCUACAGUGCUUUGUUCGGGUGGAACCAAUGCCGCGCGUAACCUGGCUCCUAAAUCGUCGCGACCAGGAGGGGCGCACUACCGUGGCCCGCGUACUCGACACCCAAUGUGGCGCCUUUGUAGCCGAGUUGGGUGUACCGUGUAUCAAACCGGCCAGGCCUAAGUUCUUUCAAACUCUUACGCAGAUCCGUCCUGGUUAUUAUGCUGCUAAACUCCACAUCAGUGCCGUACAUGUAUCAGAUUUUGGCCAAUACACCUGUAAGGCGGUGACAGCAAGCGGAGACGAAGAUCGGUUUGCAAUACAGGUAACCGGAACCGGUCCGCCAGAGAUCCCCUAUGAUCUGCGCUUGUUAAAUGCAACCGCCUUGAGUCUUCAGGUGGCCUGGGGACAAGGAUUCAACGGUGGUUACAAGCAAACCUUCACCGUAAACGCCAAAUUGCAUACUUUUCUUUACGAUAUUGUCUAUUCCUUGGUUUUAGUUCUGGAGAACCAUGAUGGAUUUGGUGGCUACCACAGCAUAAAGGCCGUUGGAUACUCAAAACCCAAUUCUAUAUUUAUCAUCGUUGCUGCUUGUGUAAUUGGAGGAAUGGUUAUUCUUAUAAAUAUCGUUGUAAUCACAUACCUUAUUCGGAAGAGGCACUCACGAGGUAGUCAGACCCCAGAUUUUUCCGCCACAAAAUCACAUAUUCUACCACUGGAGAAGCAGUACCGAGGUGGACCAGAACAUGGUAGUAGUACAAAUGAUGCUGUCACUAAAGUACAGCAGACCGUUCCAAUAAUGGUUGGUAGCUUAUUUCGAGGCUACACUAUGUUUUCAGGUGGUCACUACUGUCGAGAUCUGCAUCACAGGCACAUGAUUGGGGAGCAUUUCUAUGUGUCCGACCCCUCAAAAAUUGGCGAGACUGCCCAAGUGAACUCUGUCUAUGGAUAUGUACCCCACGGUGAUCAUGGACUUGAGUUUAGCGAUCCAGUCUGCAAGUCGGUCUACAUGUCAGGAGUACCAGCGACUUCGUGCAUCAAUGAGACUAACUAUCCUCAUAUUCAUCGCACUCUAGCAGGUGGUGAAAGUCACACAUCUCCGGUUCCAGUGCGAACGCUUAAUCACCACUCGAUAUCUUCUGUACCAAAGGUGUCCAAAAUCGCCUUUGGUCAAAGCCACCAAUCUGGAUCUAAGUUCUUCGGCCGUUCACGAAGUCGUCUGAGGCGCAGGCAGAGCUUUAGUGAUGCAUUACAUAGAGGACUAACUGCUAACGGGAUGUUGAACUACCACUCGCGUCACUAUCGAAGCACACUGGAGAGACUACCUGCAGGAAGCAACUAUCCCGACUCAUCUUAUCCUUUCAAUCCACUUGACGACCAGCAGUGUGGAGCAGACUCAAGCAGAACACUUCUCCUAAAUGGCAUAUCCAUGAGUGAGUCGGCGACUCGGGACACGGAGCCGUCUGCUUCAAACAUCGAAUGGCGUGGCAUCCCUGACGUUGUUGUCUAG